GGGGGGGGGGGGGGGGGGGGGGGGGGGGGAGCCGCCAACCUCGAACUGAAAACUUACACUCACUAUUUUCUUCGAAAACAUACGUGAGUUCCACAAAACAUUAUAUGAAAUAUAUUUGUAAUCAAGUUUUCAUUAACUUCAUAUCUGUCAAUGUCAUCAGACUCGGUAGUUAACUACAGUUUCUCUGCUUAAAUUUCUUUAUAUAUGUCACCAUGUGAAUAUUUUGAAACAAUUAGAACAUUGUUUGAUUCCAAGUGAAACAGUGUUUUUCAAUAACUUGAGCGCUCAAUUUAAUUGAAUUAUAUGGUAGAUUUCCGUUUCAUCGAAAAAUUAAAUUGCAAUCCAAAAGAGUAUAAUCAGAAUGAUCAAAAUCAAUUUCUUUGAUUGACUUAAACUAUUUCCUUAAAAAGAAACUAAUUGAUACCCGUAUACUAAUAAUCUGUAAUUUUGCAAAGGUAUAUAUAUGUGAAGUAAAAAGGGAAAGUUCACUUUUUUUUUGCUAUAUUCAUUUAUUAUUACACAAAAUGAUACUAUCUAUUGUUGAAAAUAAACGUAAUAAAUCAACUUUAUUACUUAAUACUUUUCGCUACACACAAGAUAAAAUUUUAAACACAACUAUUUAUUAGAUAUGUGAAAAUCGUUCAUAUCCUGGAUGUGCUAUACAAUAUGGUACAAAUUCAUCAAGCAUGAAGAAAUCACAAAAUGAUGAUGAUGAUGAAAUGAAAUAUAAAGUGGAAAAAUUUAGAAUGACCUUAAAACAACGUAUUGAAGAUUCAUCACAACCAGUGAAAAAAAAUUACAGAGAACAAUAUCAUUAUAUUUUGAAAAAGUUAUGCGAUUAA